UGUACCAAGUGAACGAGUGUUCGUUCUGACGCCACAAAAAAAGAGAAUCUCAAGUGCAAUACGCAACUAACCGACGGAAGAGAAGAGUCGGGGAGGAUUUCAGGCCCCUUGCCCUGUCCCUGGUGUACCACGGGUGUGUAUGUGUGCAGCUGAUUUGCGGUGAAGCAGCAGUAGCAGCAGCAACCAAAGCAACACAACAGAAAGUGUCGUCGGGCAGUAAGCAAGCGUAGCGAGCGCCAGGACACGGACACCCGGUCGGUUCGUACAAAUAAGUCGCCACCUGGGAGACGCGCUGGUCAGCGCUGAUUGGUUGCGGUGACACCGACAGCACCGACCCACUGUCACCUUCCUUCAGCGGCGUCCCCCCACAAUUUCGGUCAUCCCCAACGCACACGUCCAACAGUGCCCUCUGCGUGUCUAUGUGUCUGUGUGUGAUUGUGUAGAGCAACUGAAAAUCGUGCUUGCGGCUCGUGCCGCUAGAUUCCCGCCGCCUUCUGUGAUACUGUGACUAGAGGCUGCAGCAGCAGCAGCAGCAGCAACGCCAUCGUCGUCCCUCCGUCGUUAGGCUCAGUAGGCGCUUCUUCCUUCAAAGAGCGAGUGUGUUGUGUGGUGUGGUGUGUCUGUUUGUCGCUGGAUCCAGAUCCGAGGAAGCAUUUGCAGCAGUAACCAAGCCAAGCUUCGAGCUUGAUAUUUGAUGAUUGUCUCACUCAAUUGUCCCGUUCCGGUGUGUUCUGGUGUGUACCGACGCCCAAAAGUGUCCACCAUCCUGAUACUGCACGUCAGUCAGUGCGUGUGUACUUGUGUGUACCGAUUAACGGUGUGUACGCGUGUGUCUGUGUGCUGCCGUUAGUGUACGUGUGAUGAUCGGUUAGAAUCGCGCGCAGCAAAACGGAAAUCCUGCAAAGCAAAAAGGUGUCUCAAGAAGACCUUUUGUGUUGGCCGCAGCAACAACAACAACGACAACAAAAAAGCCGGGAACGGAAGACCGAAAGAUCGUCCUCUCUUAUCCCUUUUUCGUUGUUACGGCCUCGGUAACGUCAGCCUACUCCUCCAACGCGCCAGCAGCAGAAGGAGGCAGCAGUGGCAGCAGUGAAUUCGCCCACAAAACGAGAUCAUUUCAUCUGGAUGCAUGAUUGAUGCCGUUGAGUUUUCCUUGAUCCACCGGCAGCCUCACAGAACGACAGACCUAAUGACUAUGGCGGAUGGCGGUUAUGACCCAAUGGGGCACAUCCAGACGGGUCGUCCACAAGCCUACUACCUGUACCAGGUGGCAGCCGCCGCCCUGGAACAGCAGCAGCAACUCCAGCAGCUGGAACAGCAACAACAGCAGCAACGCCAGCAGCAGGCGGCGGCUGUGGCGGCAGCGGCCGCAGCAGCAGCGGCAGCCGCAGCGACAGCCGAUCCUCCAGAAUCGUCGGAGAUCGCCUCCGUGACCUCCACACCACCCCGAUCCACCCCACCAUCGGAGGAUGGACACGAGAACAACAACAAUCUGCCCGCGGCUGCCAACAACAAUCUGUUCCGCUCGGAACAGAAGAAGCACAAGCGGAAACGGCUGUCGGCGGUGCUGGAUAAGCUGCACAACGGUGGCUCGGCGGUAGUUAACCACAACAACAACAACGUCGGUGAAGGCCAACCGUUCAAACUCAAAUGCACCGAUUCCCGGUCAAGCGCCGAAGACUCGAGCGCCGAGGAUGUGUUCCCGUAUUCCGCUAGUCCGCGUAUCAGUAUCAGUCCGCUCCGGUUGAAUGAAGUCGAUGAGAACCAACCACUACAGCAGCGAUUACCGGUGAAGCAGGAGACCGGAGCACUGGCAGCGACUCAGCUCAUGCCUACACACCCGCACGGUUAUGACCAACAACUGCCAUCACCCUCACAGCUGCAUCAGGCGAAGCUGGAAGCGCAACUACAACGUCUAACACCGCUCCAACCGACGCAGAUCAAGCAAGAACAGGAUCCACAGCAGCUGUACAAACAGCUCCAGUACUUUAACCCAUUGGCCCUGUUCAAUUGCCUGCCCGAACCGACCAAACUGCUCUACCAGGAGUUUGCCCGCCAACGAAGCCAUUCCGAUUCCGACCUUCAACAGCAACCACAACAGCAGUCGCAACAGCAGCAACAACAGCCUCAUCAGGGCCAGCAACAGCCCAAAAAGCAGUCAGGACAAGCGCGCCAGCAGUCGACGAAGCAGCCAUCGAAGAAGAAGCGAUUGAACGGUACCGGCGGCAAGGGUGCUGCCCAGCAGCGACCGCCAACCUCGAGCAGCCGGUGUAGCAAUGCCAGCAGCAACGGUCCCCAUGAUCCCCAGGAGCAUCCGCUCGAUCUGUCGAUGAAAUCUACCGGCAGUGGUAGCGGAAUGUCGCUCCUCGAUUCGCCUAGUCUUCUCUCGCCUGUGAUCAAGCAGGAGCCCAAGCUGGCCGACAGUCCGCCACCGCCAUCGUCGACCGCCGGGGACUCCCCGCUACCACCAGCACAGCAGCACCCACCAAAGCUGAUCGUCAAGCGCGAAGACUGUCGCGAUCGUCGAUCGUCACCGUACGAACAUCUGAACGGCUACGGACACCAUGGGCCGGCCGGUGGUGCACCGCCCGGCUUCAACCUGAACGUGUCGCCCGUCGUCGAAGAGAUGCCACCGGGCUCGGAUGUGGCCUACAUGUGCCCGGUCUGUGGGCAACUGUUUUCGCUGCAGGAUCGGCUGGCCAAGCAUAUGGCAUCGCGGCACAAGAGCCGCACUGGGCCGACGGACAUUACCAAAUCGUACAUGUGCGAGGUUUGUCAUCGAUCGUUCGCCCGCUCCGACAUGCUGACGCGCCACAUGCGCCUUCACACGGGCGUCAAACCGUAUUCGUGUAAGGUGUGCGGGCAGAUCUUCUCACGCUCGGACCAUCUCUCGACGCACCAGCGGACACACACGGGCGAAAAGCCCUACAAGUGCCCUCAGUGUCCGUAUGCGGCCUGCCGGCGGGACAUGAUCACGCGUCAUAUGCGCACCCACACGCGCUACGAUUCGCAGCGUGGUGGCAGUGGGAUGGGAAUGGGCCCCGGGGGUGAUGGUGGCAGUCCACUGAUGGAUCAAAAACCACUCCUGUUGCCCAUGGUUAGCCUAGGUACGGGGCGCAGCAUGAAGAAGCAGGUCAGUUUCGGGGGCGUCCCGACGAGCUACGUGCUUGAGGCAAAGACUGAAUCGUAAGCGGCCAGGGGCGGCGCCGUCGCACAGGGCGGGAACGAUCCGAUACGAUAGCGGCGGUUCGACGGUUCGACGCGAACAUUCCUUUCCGAGAGACAACAUUUUCAGAUAGUUUGGCGUAAAUCGUAGUUCCUGCUGGAUUUAGGAGAGCGCGUUAGUAUUUGUGUGCGUGUGCGAGUGUGUGUUGAUGUAGUAGCUUCUAGUUCUUUAAAUUCUUGUUCCUCAUUUUCCCGAUUUGGGUGUGCAUCGUAGUUUUAUCUAGAAGGUAGAGCCAGGCAGCCCCCAAGAGGCUAGUGGACCAGCGUUAUAGGAGAGAGAGAGAGAAGCAGAGUAGUACGUCCUAUCUUUCUAUGUGUGAGUCUGUGUCCUUUUUGCAAACAAAUCUCGAUGGUUGUGAACAAUUUCUUUUCAAAUAUGCAGACAGGUCAGGAGGGGGGGGCACUGCAUGUAAUCCGCUGUAACAAUCGGUUUCCAUAAAUUAAAUUUUGAUUUCAGUUGAACGAACGGUGGUUUCGUAGCUUUCUACUCGUCGUUAGUCGCAGGAAGGAGAAAGGAAAUAAGUUAUCAGAAGUAGGUCAGAUUUCUACGGAGACCGUAAUCCAGUUCGCCAAGCAUUCCCUCUCCCCAACAACAACAAAAAAACACAAAACUUAUUCUCGCCUCGUGGUUGAUUGUCAUACACUAGAAGGUGUAGUGUAGCAGUAGGUAGAAACCGUUCCGUUGUGACGCAAUGUCCCCGUACGCCUUACUAACUGUGUGCCUUAUACGUGGGAAACAGAAGAAUAAAGCCAAUGUAGCCGGCUGGUAGUAGCAACGAGAGCCAUAGGAACAGUAUUUGAGAAGAAUCCAAACCCCAAAAACCACUAACGUACAACAUGACAACGACAGGCGGAUGUGAUUAGAUGGCGAUGAGCCCCCUGUUUUGGAACCAAAAACCAGAUUAGACAAACCAUCAGUAGCACCAACAGUAGCAACAAUACAAGCACACUCCCCGUAACGCCUGGCGCACUCGUAGAUUCACAGAAAAACAAGCUUCCUUUUCCUAGCCUCCUUUCAUCCUGCCACUGGGACCGCUCCACGGAUUGAAUGCACCAAGCAAGCGGCAUAACAAGCACUUGGCCUAUGGCUGCCCGAACAAACGAACCGGAAAAGUCGGACCUCUGGAGCGCACCAGCAGCACUACUGCAUGAUCUUAAUUUAAAUUUUCAAUCAUGCAAAUUGAAUAUUAAACCUUGCACACCGCGUCUUCACCUCGGCGGGGCCUCAUUUGGAGUCCGUUGGCCAGCCAGCCUGGACGGACUUGGCAGUCACCAUCAUCACUCUUCUUGCAUUCCCGCUUUUAUGCGCAUUAUUUGCCUCCGGAAUUUCCCUUCAACCACCAACCUCCCUCACACCGGGGGGGUGCUGGAAAUUUCAUUUUUCCACCCGCAACGCCCAGCGCUCAUAAAGCUCGAGCUCGAGCACCCAAAGCCCUGGGGGAAACCGGGGGGAGGACGUAAUGGUGGCAUAAUUAGCGUGUGCUCUAGAGCUGAGGUGGAGAGAGGGGAAAGGGCCAAUUGCUACCACCCACUGGCGGAAACUAGGUCCACGCGAACCACGCUCGCUCGCGUCGGAACCAAGGAACCUCCUUAACAAAGGGGACAAUGAUGGUGUGCCCGUCUCGGGGAUCGGUUUGAUCGGUUUGGAUGAAGUUUAGGCAUUUUGUAGGUGGCCACUAGUCAACGGUGGUCCUUGCAUGUCCCGCCAGUUGCCGUUUUCGACAUUAAAUUAGAUUUCUCCCUUCCGUGACGCCGUGGAACGCCGUGGAUUCCGCACAGGAGUACAAUUUGGUAAAACGGCAACCAGGAUUCAAUCCCACAUUUCAUUACAAAUUCUCCACUCCUGGUUUCGUCGUUUUUGUCGGUUUUCUUUUUUUUUUUUUGCCAAAAAGUUACUC